CUCCGCUCCUCCGCUCCGGCCCAGAGCGGCGCAACGGCUCCGGGAGGCAGACUCCCGUCGCGGCCGGCAGGUCCCACGGCGGCCCGCAGCGGCCUACAGCUCCCAACAGCCUCUAUGGCUGAGGCCCCCGAGGCCGCCUCGACGCCGCCUGCGGCAGUACGAUCAGGCGGCGGCGCGGGCGGUCGGUGGGGACCUCGGGCGAAGCGCGGCAUGGACGACGAGGAGGAGACCUACCGGCUGUGGAAGAUCCGCAAGACCAUCAUGCAGCUCUGCCACGACCGCGGCUACCUGGUGACCCAGGACGAGCUGGACCAGACGCUGGAGGAGUUCAAGGCGCAGUUCGGUGAGAAGCCCAGCGAGGGCCGGCCCCGGCGCACCGACCUGACGGUGCUGGUGGCUCACAACGACGAUCCCACGGACCAGAUGUUCGUCUUCUUCCCCGAGGAGCCCAAGGUUGGCAUCAAGACCAUCAAGAUGUACUGCCAGAGGAUGCAGGAGGAGAACAUCACCAGGGCACUGAUCGUGGUGCAGCAGGGGAUGACUCCCUCGGCAAAGCAGUCCCUGGUGGAUAUGGCUCCCAAGUACAUCCUGGAGCAGUUCCUGCAGCAGGAGCUUCUGAUCAACAUCACCGAGCACGAGCUGGUCCCAGAGCACGUUGUGAUGACCAAGGAGGAGGUCACUGAGCUCCUGGCCAGAUAUAAGCUGAGGGAGAAUCAGCUCCCGAGGAUCCAGGCUGGGGAUCCUGUGGCCAGGUACUUCGGGAUCAAGCGUGGUCAGGUGGUGAAGAUCAUCAGGCCGAGCGAGACCGCAGGACGCUACAUCACCUACAGGCUGGUGCAGUGAGCCUGGGUGUGGAGCAGCUGUGGGACACCUCCUGACCUUCCCACCCCCCAGCAGGUCACUGCUGCUCUGCAGACAUCACCAGGAGGCUUCUCUCCCAGGGCUGCCUCUCCACUGGGCUCACAUUGGCCUAAUUCUUUGGGUUCCAGCAUGGAUUUUGCUUUAACUUCUUAAUCUUGAUGAAGGACUCAAGCCAUGGAAAUGACUUGGAGCCCCAGGAGUGUGGGGGGAGGGGGUGGCUGGGAGGAGGGGGUGGCUGGGAGGAGGCCUUUGCUCCCCUGCUUUAUAGGACUUUGUAUUUAAUAAAGGCUUCUGCUCUGCUCCUCACUCCAGGUGCAUUGUGCAGCCUUGCCCUGGGCCGAGCCCUUGGGGACUCAGCCAGACCUCA